CUGCCGCGGGCUGUGCCGCACCGGCUGCCGCGGCGUGCCGGAGGGUGGGUGGCUCCGCUGGGAAAGCGGCGCGGUGCCGCUGAGUUUUCCUCGGAGAAAGAAAACCGAAAGCGGCCUGGUGAGGGGAACAUAGAGGCAUUUAUGGCGGGGCAGCGCCCACGCUCCUUCCCGCUGCUGGUGCGCGGCAACUGGGGUGAUGCCGAGCCGCCGCCCGGCCUGAAGAAGAAGCUUCUCUGCUACUUCCAGAGCCAGAAGCGCUCGGGCGGCGGCGAAUGCGAGCUGCGACCUGGCCCUGGCACCGGGAACCUCCUCGUCUGCUUCGCUUGCCCCGACGUGAAGCAACGUGUUCUUGAGAGAUCGCGUCAUAAGCUGAUUUUGGGAGACAAAAGAGAACUGAAGCUGAUUGUCACAGAGCCUGAAACAGCACUAGGUGCUAAAGAGAAGGAGGCGUUAAAAGACAAAUUAUCUCCCACUAAGGCUCUGGAUGCCAUGGGAAACCUUCAAACAAAAGGUGACACAGAUGCCUCGGAAGAAGCAGAGAGUUUCGUUCCAAAGAGUGAACUCCAGGAGGAAGCUGGUUCUGUGGAGCACAUUGCAGAAAAGCCAUCAUCAGUGAUCUCAGCUAGAGUGGUUUUUGAAAAUAUAGAAGGUUGCAGUCCAAAGUGCUUAUAUAUGCUGAUACAGAACAUCAGUGGCCUGGCACCAAAUGAUGGCUUCACCGUGGAAGUGAUAUCUGAAAUAAAUGUUGCUGUAGCUACUUUUACAAAAUGCAUUGACACUGCAGCGUUUCUGAACAAAUGCUCCCGAAACAAGAAACUGAAAGAGCUGCGGGUGACUGCCAGGCCUCUCGAAAGGACUCAGAGCAUCAAGGCUGAAGGUGUACCAGCCAGUGUUUCCACAGGCUACAUCACAGUUUACUUUGAGAGCGCACGGAACGGAGGGGGGCCAGUGGCAGAUGUCCAGCUCUUUCCUGAGGAGAAAUCUGCCAUCAUUACCUUCUGUGAUCACAAAGAUCUAAACACUGUCUUGGAAAAGCAGCAUUUUCUGGAACAGACACAGAUUUCUGUGCAUCCAUAUUACUACUCCUUGGGAGCAGCUCUCUAUGGAGCAGCAAGACCAACUGUGAAGAUGCCAGACCCCACUGGGGUGCCACUAGACCCAUAUGUCUGGCAGUUUUUACAAAGGGAGGCUACACUGAUCCAAGACAUAAACCAGGAGAUGGCAGUUUGCCAUUGUGAGCUAAAGUGGCCCCAGGCAGACUGUGAACGCCCAGAAGUUAUGUUGUGCCCAUCCUCAUCUCUCUCCAAGCAGAAAAAGUUGAUCAAGACAUGGAAGCAAAAUGCUUUUACUGAGUUCUCACGUAUCAUGGCACAUUACAUAGCUAUAAAAUGUAAUGUAAAUUCAGUGAAUUGGGAAGAUGUGAGACCCAGACUGGCCAAAGACGCUGUUUUGGUCAUAACUGAUGUUUCUGAGGAGAUGGUGGUGAUUGCAGGCAACAGAGCAGCAGUGAACAGCGCAGAGAAAGAACUCAGGGAGUGCAUGGAAAAAUCCGUGAGGCAAAGUGAAAGGCAAGAAACAAACCUAGAAAUUUCUGUGUUUGUGACCCCAGGGAAGUAUGCUGUUCUGCACAAUGCUGGGCUAGAAGACAGUAUUCAUGAAAAGUAUCCCUACUUAAAGAUCUUUUACGAUGACAUAAACAAAACUGUCCAUUUGUGUGGAUUACCUGCGGAAAUACAGAAAGUCGAAGCUGACUUAGAGGUGAAGGUGUUGAAUAUCCCAUGUACAUCUGUUACCGUUGAUCCCCAUGUUUUCUGCUAUCUACAGCAUGCAGAUAACAAGAGAGUGUCAGAGACAUUAUUCACUAAGAAAAACAUUAAUGCUUUUUAUGAGCUUGAGGAUGAAAACGUGCUGCUAGUUGGAAGUGGUCCUGAAGUCCUAUUAGAAGCAGAAAGGCAAAUAAAGACAGGCUUGGAAUGUAAGCUCAUCAGUCUGGAGUAUCUUGACAUCAGUAAAAAGGAGCAGUGGAGGAGUCUUCUUGCUUCCUUGUGUAAGGAAUACAGUUCUUCUGAGGAAAGCAUAGUCAUUGAAGAACCUGCUGAAAAUCAAGUGGUUAUUGCUGGCUUUUCCAAGGCUGUAGAAGAAGUUUAUCAGAAACUUACUGAUUUUAUAGAUAGAAACAAACAUGUGGAAAAGGUAAUCCCAGCAAAGUCGGUGGUGGUAGUGCAGUUUGUAGAGGAGGAAAAGUCCAAUAUUUGUUGUGAACUGAGGAAGCAAGGGGUGACAGUAUGUUUUGACACCAAGAAACCAAGUAUUUCUCUAAGUGGACCAAAAACAGAAGUGUCAAAAGCAGGCACCACAUAUGAAGAAAUUCUCUCAUCUCUCUACUCAAGAAAUGUACGAAUAGAUAAACCAGGAGCCAAAGAGUUCUUCACUGAGAGGAAAGAUUCGUGUGUUUUUGAGGUAAAACAGAGAUUUAGCUGUUUGAUUAGGCUGGAGGAAGAAGAAAAUAAAGAACAAAACCAAGCGAGUGGUGAAAAAGUCGUCGAUAAAAAGGAAAGAAAACUCUACUACAAGAAAAUGCUGCCAGAUGGAGUUGUUGUAGCAGUGUGUAAAGGUAACUUGUAUAAUUACCCUGCUGAUGCUGUGGUAAAUGCAGCUAAUGAAGACUUAAAACAGGUUGGGAGCCUGGCUGAUGCACUGUUAAAGGCAGCUGGUCCUGAGCUGCAGCGGGAGUGUGAUGAGCUGGUGAGGAAGAAUGGGAUUUUGCACCCUGGGUGUGCAGUUGUCACAAAGGCUGGGAAACUCCCCUGCAAGAAUGUCAUCCAUGCUGUUGGGCCCAGGUGGAGGCAGGACGAAGCAGAACAGUGUGUGUGCUUGUUAAAAAAGGCAGUGAAGAAAAGUCUACAGCUAGCUGGAAUAUAUGAUCAUCAUUCUAUAGCUCUGCCUGCUAUAAGCGGGGGGAUUUUUGGCUUCCCACUUCAGACCUAUGCAGAUUCAGUUGUAUCCUCCAUUAAGGAGACCUUGGAAAAAUCUGUAGGGGACAGUAGCUUGAAGGAGGUUCAUCUUGUGGGUGACAAGGAAGAAAUGGUUCAGGUUCUGAAUGAGACAGUUAAAAAAGUCUUUACAGCUGCACGGUCUUCCCAAAGACUGAGAGAACACCAAAAGGAGAAGAGGGAAGGUGAUCUGCAGACAGUCACAACCAAUGAAGGACUUUGCAUCCAAGUAGAGGAGAAGAACAUUCAGGAAGCCACGACGGAUGUUAUUGUCAACAGUGUGGGCACAGAUCUGAAGUUUGGCGUGGGGCCGCUUUGCAAAGCCUUGAUAGAAAAGGCUGGACCACAGCUCGAAGAAGAAUUUGAUGAACAAGCACAAAGCCAGUUUGCUGGUGAAGGGAGCGUGAUCUGCACCAGUGGAUAUGCUUUGGCCUGCAAUUCUGUGCUUCAUGCCAUACUUCCUGCGUGGGAUGGAGGAAAAGGAGAGAGCAUGAAGGCACUAGAAAAUAUCAUCAAGUCCUGUUUGAAGAAAACUGAAAAACUUGGACUGAAAUCAAUCACUUUCCCAGCUAUUGGAACUGGAGGAUUUAAAUUCCCUAAAGCUGCUGUUUCUAAGUUGAUGUUUGAUACGGUAUUCAAGUUCAGCAGUAGUCACACUCUGCAGACUCUACAGGAAGUUCAUUUUCUCUUGGACCCAAAAGAUGUGGAUAACGUUCAGACUUUUACCAAUGAGCUAGAACACAGAAUAGCUGAAAGUCACAGCGCCGAAGCAUCACAGUCAAGUUUCACUACACCUCUUUCAACUGAAGUAUUGGAAGUUUAUGAAAUGCAGUUUGGUUCCAUUACACUACAAAUACUUAAUGGAGAUAUUACCAAGGAAGACACAGAAGUUAUUGUGAGUGUGUCAAAUUCAACAUUUGAUGCCACAUCAGGAGUCUUCAAAGCAAUUAUGGAUGCUGCUGGUUCCCAGGUAGAAGAUGAAUGUGAGCAAAAUGUUCAGCAUGCUAAGCAAAAUGGCUUUAUUACUACACAAGGUGGAAACCUGUUGUGCAGUAAAAUCAUCCACUUGGUUCACAACACCAACGUGAAAAGUCAGAUCACCAAAGUGCUUAAUGAGUGUGAGCUAAGGAUGUACAGAUCUGUUGCCUUCCCAGCAAUUGGAACAGGUCAAGCAAAACAGAGUCCAUCCAAAGUAGCUGAUAACAUGUUGGAUGCUAUAAUGGAAUUUGCAAGCAGAAGUGCAGUGCAGCAUUUGAAAAAAAUAAGAAUUGUCAUCUUCCAGACAAACAUGCUUAGAGACUUUUAUGAAAGCCUGAAGAGAAAGGAAGGUUCAGAUUCACCCACAAAAGAGUCGUGGAUGUCUCUGCUUAAAUCAUUUUUUCAGUACAAACCCCAAGCCACCAAGAAGAAAAAGGAGGUGAUUUUAGAGAAGAAGGUCGAUCUAGCCACAUUUCAGAUUUGUGGAGAAAGCCAAGAAAAUGUGGAUGCAGCUGAAUCCUGGAUAGAGAAUCUGAUUUUAAAGGAACAGUUUGAAAACACUAUUUCAGACGAGCUGAUUGCAAAUUUUGAUGACAGUCAGAUUGAUAUUUUGGCAGAUCUCCAGAGAAGAAAGCAAGUCACCAUUCAGCUUCAAAAUAAACUUUCCCUUCCUUGCAUUAAAAUUUCUGGUAUCAGCAGGGAUGUCUAUUUUGUUUCUGUGGAAGUUCAAAAAAUGGUCCAAAAAAUUAAGGAUACUGAAGAAGAACGCUCCAAGGCAGAAGUUGUUUAUAACCUGGUAGAGUGGAGGUAUUCAGCAAGCAAUGACAAUUUUGUCACUGUUGAUAAACUGACAAAUAUGCAGCUGGAGGAUGCCAAAUCAGCUAAAACCCAACAUCUCACUAUCAGUAUUAACAAGAAUAAGUACAAGGUGGAUCUGAAUACUCUGCAGGCUAAAGAUGACAACGGAAAAACUAUAAUCUUUCAACGUGUACCAAAGAAUGAAGCUCAGCAGUCAAUAGAGCUCCCAAAGCACUGGGAUGACAUGCAAGAUCAACGGGUCAAACUGGUGAAUCUCAAGCCAUCACAUGAGGAAUAUCUGGAAGUUGAGAAGAAAUUUAAGGAAACUUGUCCCUACUUUCUCAUAGAGAAGAUUGAAAGAAUACAAAAUCCCUUCCUCUGGCAGACAUACCAAAUUAAAAAAAAAUCUCUCUGUAAGAAGAACAAGAAUCAAAAUAAUGAGAAGUUGCUGUUUCAUGGGACACCUUCGUCCUCACUGAGCAUGAUCAACUACAGUGGAUUUAAUCGUGGGUUUGCUGGAAAAAAUGUAGGUGCAGCCAUUGGCAAUGGAACCUACUUCGCUGUUGAUGCAAGUUACUCUGCUCGGGACAAUCUGUCCACACCAGAUCUGGACGGCAGAAGAUACAUGUUCUUGGCUCGGGUCCUCACUGGGCAGUACUGUGUGGGGAGCAGAGGACUAAUCACUCCACCAGCAAAACACGAAUCAGAUCCUACUGACCUAUAUGACAGCGUGGUUGAUGAUGUAUCUCGUCCAAAAAUGUAUGCCAUAUUUAAUGACAUUCAGGCAUAUCCUGAAUACCUCAUUACUUUCAGAAAAUAGACUAUUCUUAAUCAUCUAGAAAAUUCUAGUGCCUUUUACAUGUGGGAAUUAACAGGGCGAUUCUUGACUCUUAUUCGUAUCUUAGUUUCUUAACUGAAGUGGUUUAUUUCCCUAUCCCUGUGUUUAAAUAAAUCUGCAGAUCAUCAACAUAGUGAGGCCAGGGUCAGCAAAUAUUUUAGAGUAUGCUCUUUCACACUCUCAUUUCAAAUUCAGUUAUGCAGAGGUGCAGGCAAGAACUGUGACAACAGCCCCAACCUCUUCCUGUGCAAGGCAGAGGGGGCCAGUAGGUGAGGGAGCUGCAUGAAGUAAGAGGUGUAGGGUAGGUCGGUGAACCUGUGCUGCAUAUUUCAGUUUCCAGUAUUCACCAUAAAGCACCAAGUAGCUGAUUGUCUGUGAGGAUUUAUUGAAACUAAACUCGUGUUGGGGGACUAACCUCACUCACCAGCAGACUUUUCAGUCAUUCUCAGACAUGGAUUUACCCUUGGUGGUAACAGUCCUGCAAAAAAAUUGCAAUAUUGAACAUACACUUUGCAUUCAUUGUUUCACACCCCCCCUGCUGCUGCAGCACACUUUGUUAUUCCCUGGGUAUAAAUUUGUACGUUCAAACCUGUUUCUUAUGGGCAUUCUCCACAGUCCCCCAUGCUAAGUACAACCAACUUCCACAGGCAAAGCUAUUGCUACUUGGAUUUUCAAGACAAUAAAGAGACACUUUGAAUUUCUUCCAGGCAGUACCAAAAUACUGACCCUUCUGUAGAACUUCCAAUUUGCAGAGAGCCAUCUGCAGGUUAGUUGUACCCCUACAAGUUAGUGCUCUGUUUCCACACUUAAACCAUUUUAUUAUUAUUUUAAAUUCUGUAAAGCAAGUAAAUAAUGGCAUUUAUAUAUAUCUUUGCAAGCUGUACACUUAAUUACAACGGUAACUUUACCACUGCCAAGCAAAAGCAAUACACACUGGAUUUAAUAAAAAAAUGUUUUCCAACA